UUAUAUGUUAAAUUAUUUUGAGCCGGCUAUUUUAGCAAACUGUUGCGCUGCGUUACCCGACUGGAAGCUGUUGUCUCUUUGGUAAAAAGAAAAAAAAGAUUCAAACUAAAACUUUUAAUAUAAUAUUUUCUAUUUUAUGAUCAACAUGUGUUCUAUCUUUUAAAAACUAAAUCUCAGAAAUGUCGUGCAUUCCUACUACAUGUAGUAAUUUAUAUUUUGGAAGAUAUUAUAUGACACUAAAAAUUGGCAAACGCGAAGAUAAUUAAGCCAGCCUUUCAAGAAAGGAAUUGGGAAUUGGUGUUUUAAGCAGAGCCAGCAACUAAGGUUAUAUCACGGCAAAAAGGCAGCCAGUCCUGUAAACAGAUGUCACAUGCAGAAAAAGAACAGCGUGCUUAAUUGAGAGCCGAACCCGGGACGGCCGACUGUAUUGCCAACGGACCGCGCUUACGAGAAAAGAGCAGGAAAAAAAAUUAAUAAGUGGGAAUUUAUAAAGCGAAAUAUCUCAGCCAAAGCGGACUCAUUGCACUGAAUAAUAUCACAAAAUAGAAACAAAGAUGUAGACAAGUUAACAAAAUAGUAACAAAGAUGUAGAACGACAUCACAAAAUGUAGAACAAAAUAGUAAAGAUCUAGAACGAAGAACAAUGAAAUGCGAGGACUCGCUGCGUUCCAGGAAUAUAGGACGAUCACUGUAGAUUUAACGGUAACGACUCCAGAGAAUAAGGUUAGUGACAUCAGGAGAAUGCUUGGAAGAUACAUGUAUUUAGUAAUCUUGAUAAUAUGGAGAAAUGUUAUUAUAUGAGGGUGAUCAUCGCUUCAGCUAGUUUAUUCACUGUACCUCAAGGUCGCUGCUAAGUGGAAUACAAAGCUUUCACGAGUUUUAUAGGUGUAAAUAAAUGAAACCUUCGAAAACAUAUUGAACAUUAAAGCCAUCUUUUUUCUUUCUUUCUAACAUAUUUCCCGCCGUGCAUGUUGACCAACACACAAACACAUGAACUUGCAGACGAUUCGUGAUUGAAGGGACACCACUGCAAUCCAUCGUCCGUCGAAUUUCAAAAAGUACUCUCCCGUGAUCUUUUUUUUUUUUUAUAAAUUAUUAUUCACGUUGCAAUAAAACAGUUUCCACAAGACCUGCUUUUUCUUUGAUAAUGGCUGUGAAUAAAAUAAGUCACUUAUUCUUAUUUUAAUUUUAAAUAUGCUGAACAUUGUUCAGGUGUGUGACAAGUUUUUUGUGCGGGGAGGACGUGCUGAGACCUUCUCGUGAGAUCAGACGAGGUCUGGUGACAAGGGCAGUAAAUGACGUCAAGGGAUUUUCCCGAGGAGAAUCAUCGAUGAGUCAUCCACAAGAAACGAACAUCAGGGCCCAAUCAUAUUUCCUAUAAGUACGUUGUCGCUACUACCUGUUUCAUCGAAUCAGCCAAAGCACAAGGGCACCAGGGGGACGCCGUUUCAGGCCAGCGUCCUGCUCUGCAGGACCGGCAAAUCUCGCCAAUUUCUGAGCAAAUUUUCAAGAUGGCGACCCCGGAUAGCCCAAAUAGCGACAGUGAAAUUCAAGCAGGCAAAGUUUACGACUCGAGUUUAACUCUGGAGGGUCUCGACAAGGAUCCCCAUCGCUAGCAGACAUGGGACAUACAACACAAAUAGAGCGGUUGAGGUCCAGAGCUAUUGAAAGAUCUACUGGGAAACUUCAGAUCUCUCCUGGACAGACUUUUGACUUUACAGCUGAUGAUAUGAAAGAUCUUGGUGAAAUAGGUAGAGGAAACUAUGGGACAGUCAACAAAAUGCUGCACAAAAUGACUAACACUGUGAUGGCAGUAAAGCCUUAUCACUCAGGCAGUGAUCUAUGGCUCAGGCCUGCAUCGUCAACCAUGUUGAACUUUCGGUGUGGUGCGACUUCAGUGGUACUUGACUUUAAGUGGCUGGUGAGAGGUGCCAUCACAACGUGGAAUUUUCCAGUGGUACUGUUUUUGCUUUGUCAAAAAUGGCUGCCGUCAGAAAGCAAGCGAGUGUUUAAGAGAAUAAGAUCAACUGUGGAGGAGAGAGAGCAGAAACAGUUGCUAAUGGACCUAGAUGUGGUCAUGCGAAGCAACAACUGUCCAUACAUUGUCCAGUUCUAUGGGGCUUUAUUCAAAGAGGGAGACUGUUGGAUCUGUAUGGAGCUUAUGGACACAUCAUUAGACAAGUUCUACAAGUUUGUCUAUGGACAUUUGCAGAGCUCUAUACCUGAAAAUAUUUUAGGCAAAAUCACAGUCGCUACAUUAAAAGCACUCAACUACCUGAAGGAGCACCUAAAAAUUAUUCAUCGAGAUGUCAAGCCAUCAAACAUUUUGCUGGACAGAAAAGGAGCGAUCAAGCUGUGUGACUUCGGCAUCAGUGGUCAUCUGGUGGAUUCCAUAGCCAAGAGUCGAGAUGCUGGUUGCAGGCCAUACAUGGCUCCUGAAAGAAUAGACCCUCGGGCUUCCAGUCAUGGAUAUGAUGUCCGAUCAGAUGUUUGGAGCUUAGGUAUAACUUUGAUGGAGCUAGCUACCGGCCGGUUUCCCUAUCCCAAGUGGAAGAGUGUUUUUGACCAGCUGCAGCAGGUGGUGCAGGGGUGUGCACCACGCCUUCCUCAUGAUAAAACUUUCUCUGACGAGUUUGUGAAUUUCAUUAACAAAUGUUUAACAAAAGAUGAGAAACAGCGGCCAAAGUAUAACAAGUUGCUGGAUGAUCCCUUCAUUAAGCUUUCGGAAGAGCUGGAAGUGGAUGUAGCCUCAUAUGUAUGUUGUAUCCAUGACCAAAUGAAGGACUGUGUCAGCCUUACACCUACUGAAACCUCAUUGUCGUAACAGCAGACUGAUUCUAGCUAUCAUCUGCUUUUACAACAGUGCAAAAGGGCUUUUAUGGUCCCGCCAUGAUCAAACAGUGAGUGGGCGUGAAUGUUAGCGUCCUGGCCACUUACCUUCUGCUUCUUCCUUCAGGAACUGUAACCCACAAGGCCAGAGGCUCUUGAUAGACUUCAUUCCCCUUACUUCAGGAACAUACAAUGCUGUGACCGUAUGGUUUUGUUUGUUUGAUAGAUGCAAGUUUAACAGUUUCAAAAAGAUUUGCUGAGAAGAAAGCAUUUUAGCUGCAUUACUUGUGCCAAAUGCUGUGGGUCAGGUCUGAAAGUGCUUUCCUGUGAAAGAGUCACCCCGCGUAUGGUGUGGGCCAUUUUCAUGGAUACAGGAUGUGUUGUACGGCUGUUUGGUGGGGUGGUUUUUUUUUUUUUCCUCUUUUUUUUUUUGGCAAUAAAAUUUGCUGACCACAAGUGAUUAACCGCAAAAACGAAACACGUCUACAGUUACAUUUUCAUUUCCAGGGGAUUCUUGAUGGGAACUUAUUCAGGAGUUCAGGAACCUGCCGUGCAAGUUAUGCUGAAGCUUUGAGCUGUUACCCAGCGGUAGUGUGUACAGUGUUUGAUAGAUGUGAGCAUAAUUAUGUCUGCAAAAGUACAAAAUUCAUUAUGAUGGUUGUUGAAAUUCUUCAUCUGUGUUAUAAUGUCAUUGUUUUUUCAUGAUUCACACAGAGACAAGGUAUUAGACCCUAGUUGUUAAGAUGUUGAUUAUGUUUGUAAAACUACCUUUAGAUGGAAACAUACUUUUUCUGUAAAAUCCUUUUGAGACACUUGUUUUUCUAUGAAAGAAAGAAUGAAGAUGCAGGCUGAGCUUAGUUGCCAAGAGGUCAGAACUGUCAGGGCAUUGAUCUUGAAUUUCAGCAAGUGCCUUGCAUAGUGCCAGACGUUUCAUUUUUGGUCAAUAGGUUAUGGGUGGCUGUUGUCAUUGCCAGCACAUUUCUAGGUGAAUCUGACAAAGGAAUGUCUUGAAUAAAAUGUUAGCAAAUAAAGAAUCUUUAUAGCCUUGCCUAGAGCUGAGCUAUUCAGAUUUUAAAUGUAGACCAGGAAAUAAGGACAUCCAGAUCUCAACAAAAAAGGUUUGGUGAAAGGGUUUAGGAAGCAUAAGCAUUGCACGAAAAAAAAAGUGAAUAGAAAAUAUAUAAUUUAAAAAACAUGUAAGCUAGCAUGGUGUAAAGAAGAUGAAGUCUUGAAAUCUGCAAAUGAUUGAUGCAAACACUAAAUUUUUAGUUUGACUGUUUGGUAUAAUGUUCUAUAUAUUUAGAGCCUGGACAGGUAACAGCUGUUAAUAAUAAACUUAUGUAUAACCUAAGAGACAUCACAUCUCUCCUGUCUGGCAUUCACCUCUAGAAACAAAAUGGAAUAAAGUACUGUUUUAUAGAAUGUAAAGUAUUUAUAGUAAGAACAAUGAAGUAGGUUGAUUUGUGUUAACCAUCUUAAAUUUAUCUCUGUGAGCAACAGGCUUGGUGGAACAGCAUUUUAGUAUGUGCCAAACUUAAGCAUCAUUUUACAGUGCAGCAUUUUGUUAAGACACCUUUGGCACCUUUCUCACACAGCUUUACAAUGAUGAGUUGUGACCAUGACUUCAUUUUUAAAGUUUAGUUGUUGUUUUUUUCGGUAAGCCUGCUUGUAGGUAUGUGGGUGGGAGGGGGGAUGCUCUGUAAGGUCUGUAAUGCAGAUGCAGAAACCUGCUAGUGAUACUUAAUCCUAUGAAAAAAAUCUUAGGAAGGGACAGGGAGAAGGAACUUUAGUUACAUGAAGAAUGUAUAAAAUAUGUGAAUACCAGCAUCAUUGGUCAGUAUCAGUGCCAUAUCUCUGGUUUUAUGGAGUGAGGGUUUUGUUUUGUUUUGCUGUUUUUGCUCGAACCAAGUUUUUAAAACAUUUUUGCAAAAUAUUGCCAGACUACCCUCUGUCAUUUUAAGAAAGGUUAGACGCUGGUAGGGAGAAACACGAAAUCCCCAUUACUUAUAUUUCUUGAUAUAGCUUAAAUUUAGUUGCUCGAGUUGCCAGCCAGAACUCUGUGUGUGUGUUUUUUUUACUUGUUUAAAUUACAGGUGUAAAGGAAUAAAAAAUAAAUGAGGGCUGGGACCUUUCAAAUCCAGGACAUAAUACUGAGCUGUUUUUUCCAUGUUUUAUAAGAUUUGACUUGGUAUUGUAAGUGGCAUGGGCGGUUGUUGCUUUUAGUCUUUUCAUUUUCUUUUGUUUUGAUGAGUGGAGAGAAUGCUUGUUGUGCCUGCGCAUUUUGUUCUUGUUCUUUUUGCAAUUAGAUGUACAUUCGGUGCCUUGGAUCAGUCAUGCUUAGUUGUGGUUAUUUAAAGGCAGCCACCCUUUCUGAAAUAUUCAGACCUUCCAUACUUUUUAUCAUUGCAGCUGUGAGGCCUAGUUAGAACUGUUGCUGUUUCUAAAUGUAAGUAGCUUGUCUGAUGUUCAGAGUGCUGUGUUCAGGCGGCUAGAUGCCCAAAAUUUAGCAAAAUGGUCAAUCAAGAAUGGUAUCCUUUUUUAAAUUAAAAAAAAAAUCAUUAUUCAUAACACUGGGUAAAUUAGGUAUGAUUAUGAUUGAGUUAUGUAGGAAAAUAUGGCAGAAAAAGAGUUAUAUUCUGUUUUUUUCCAUCACCACACAAGACCCAGUGUGUGACUAUAGUCAUCUUGCAACCUUUGAUCACUGCAUAUGCAUGCAAGAGUAUAGGCAUAUUUAAGUGUUUUUUGCUUUAAGUAGCUGUUUUUUUAUACUAUAUUAUUUAAGGAAUUAUUAAUGCAGUUUUGUCAGUUCUGUUCUUUUGUUAGGUUGCAGGGAAUUCUUGUACCCCUGAAGAAGAUGAAAGACUUAAGAAAAAUAAAUGUGAAUAUUUUCAUUGUAAAUUUGAUAUUAGAGUCAUCAAGCUAUCAUUCUUUGUUGGAUUUUGCUUCCUUUGCUCCAUUAUUUUGACAAAAUACCAAGGCUUCUGUGAUUAUUAUAUGUGAUUUUCAUUUACAUAGGAUUGGAAGAAGUCACAUUGGUGAUGUCUUGUUUCUGAAAUGUGUCUUUACCAUACAGUGCUUUGUAAGGUGAUCUGAGUUCCAGGAAGAGGUUUCUUUUUUUAAACUGUGGUGGUGUUAAAACAGCUCAUGAUAUCUGCAGGCAUAACACCACAAUCAACACUGGGCAUAAAAAAGCAUUCAAGAAAAAAGAAUUUAAUUGCUCACUUUUUAGGGAUUUAUUCCUGACUUCGGUCUAAUUGGUAUCUUAGUUUGCUUAGUUAAUUUCAUUCAGCAGCAGCAUUUCCGGUCAAUGGGUCAGUUUUCACUGAUUCAUUUUUUUUUUUUUUUAAUGUGUGCUAUGUGCAUUAUGCCCUUUUAUUUCUGUUACGUCUCUCUCUUUCUCUCACUCAAGAAUGUAUGUGGGUGUGUGGUUAUGUAGAGUACUCCAAGCAUUUACAGACAAUGUAAGUUUACUUAUUUUCAAGUGGGCAUCCACAGGAUCUUGCUCAUGGUGCCGACUGAAAGAUUGUGUCCAUGCUUCAUGCAUAAUGUGUUAUGUGCCCUUGGAGUCUCUUCCUGUGGCUUUUAGUUUGCAGCUUGCCAAUUUUGGACAUGCCAUAUAGUUUUCACAAUAGGAAUGGCAACAAAAAUUAUUGUUAAAACUUGGACCUUUUUCUAUAGAAAACCGGCAAAAGAGCAUCUGGAAAGUAAGCCAAGGUCACACAGGAAUGAAAGCAGAAAUCUUUUGUUUGAGCAUAACCACAAUUCAUUUCUCAUGAAAAAUUCAAAUUCCAUUAUAAUGUGCAGCCUUCAUGAAAAUAUUGGCUAUAUUAUACUAUAUGUCUAGUUCAUGAUUUAACAUUUUAAAAACUGUUAAAAGCUUUUGCUCAUUUUUAGUGAAAUUUACAUGCAUACUUGAGCGAACAUUACAUAAGCAUUGGUUUUGGAAGAAAAGGAAUUGUUUAUACCAUUCUUAUGGAUGUAGGUGGAAGGCAGAAUAGAGGUGGACAAAUCAGUUCUUUUCUGUUUCAUGGAUAUAAGUUCAAAUAUUGUUAAAGCUGUGCUAGUAGAUCAUGGUUACUUUUUAAGAAGUUCUUUCAGGAUUUAUUUUGACAUAUACUCAUGUUGCGCUUUUCAGAGGUGUUCUUCAUUAGAAUUAUUUCAGGAAUAGUAUAUAUAACAUCUGCAUUGUCAGGUCUUUUUUUAAAUAGGCUUUUUUUCUUUUUAUGAUUGUAAUAGGGAUGUCUUUUUUUAUUAUGAAAUCUUUUGCAGGAUGUAUUUAUGUAAAAAGUAUCUGAAGGAAUUUGUGAUAUGGCCUAUAGACAAGAAUUAUGCCACAAGAUUAAUACUGAGCAAAUAAGCACUGGUUAUUUUAUGUAUGCGACUUCUGACUUAUAAACGCGAACAUGGGCAGUUGUUUCAGGAAUGGCACAGGGGCUUAGGUUUAUGUCAGCAUUGGCAUAAGAUCUGUCAGCCAACAGAUCAAUGAGAUUUCUGGAAUUGUGUUUUUUUUUGGGUUUUUUUUUUUUUGCAAGUCAUAAAGUGACAAAAAAGAAAGAAGAAAAAUAGAAACAUAAAGACAAAUUAAGACUAAAUCCUUGGAGCUUAUGGCCCUUCAGCUGGGAAGCUGAUAAUCCAGAAUGAUGUUAUAGGUAGUUAUUUUUUAUUAUUGUUAUCUUCUUUAUUGUACAGCUGAACUGUGUGAGCUUAAAUAUGAUUUUAUAUAUAUAUUUAGAGGACUGAUAGAUUGUAAUUUAUUUUAAACCACUACAAUGGGAUUUAAAACUGGUACAGAUUCCUUCUUGAUAUUACACUUGAUCAGUUAGAUUAUAUUGUUAAAAACAGUGGGCAGAAUAUGUAUUCUUUAUAUUUAUAAUCUGUUGGAAACUACAGUAUCUGUGGAUUUAUUGGGGAGGACUAACUGAAAUUUUUAUGUUAGAAUAUCCAAGUAUGCAGUAAAAGGGGUGAUAUUGCUCUUUGGCUGUACUAAACAGUAAAAAGCUCUUUUUCUUUGGUUUAUAAAACCUUGCAGAAGGCAUGGCACAAAUAGGAAUGAAUUAAGAUGUGGGUGGUUUUAGAAUAAUUUGCUAAGAAUACUAUAAGCAUGUUUUGCCAUAGUAACAGCAGUGGAAUUAUUUCUGUUUUGGCAUUGAAAGAUGAGAAUAAGGAAUCUUUUGUUCCAAAUUUUUUCUUGCUGUUAAGAAAAGUAGCUGCCUCAGAAACACAGAGAAUCUCUUGCAGGAGUACUACACGUUAUUUUAAAAAGACAUGCAUACAGUGAUAAUAUAUACAAAGCAAAGAUACUAUUGUGAAUGGUGUUAUUUUGAGUUCUUAUUGAAAAGACAGCAGGCUGAGUGUGGGGGAUGAGGGAUGAAGACAGACCAUGCUACUUAAUACAGCUGGGACAUAUAUUGUGAAUAUGUGAUGGUAUAUUUGCACUAAGAUGAACGUGAGAUUAGGAGAUCUGCAUUGAUAUGUCAUAUUCCUUUUGUUUGUGCAUCAACAUUCCAUCAUGUCUCAGCAGGUUUUUAAACAUUUAUUUUCUUCUAACAGCAAUCAUAUACUUGAGCAUAUGCAUCAUUUUAAGGCCGUCACAUUUUUUCAUAGGUUUCAGAAAGUGGGCUUAAUAGAGCUACAAACAAAUAUAGCUUCAGCUUAUGUUAACCAUUUGGGUGGGUUUUUUUUUUUGUCUUUCUUUUGUGUGUUGAUUUGUGGUUUUUUUUGUUUGUUUGGGGUUUUUUUUUCCAUUUCAAGUGGGUUGGAAAUGGGAUUAAGCUGGUUGGCAUUUUGGAGGUUUUUGAGAGUUGAUACUUUGGAGUUUUUCUUCAUAUCAUGCUCUGAUUUUGCUUCAUGGUUUGAUUCAUUAUACGUUUUGCCAUCCAUUUUAUUUGAAGUUUAAAUAGAACUUUUAAAAAGUAGUGGAUUUUUUUUCCUUGAAAAAAAUGAUACUGUUUAGCAUUAUAUUGCCCCAGGUGCAUCAUGAAAGUACCUGGAAAUUAGAAAGGUUAAUGGGCACAUUUAGAUAGAAUAAGAAUAUUUUAUCUAGGUCUGAUAUCAAAAGUAAACGAAUUGCCUGUAAAAGUAAUGAUAACAGAUCAUCAAAGCCCAAAGAUAUCAGAAUGUUCAGUAAAAGCCCACAGAUAUCAGAAUGUUCAGUACUAUUCUUUCAAUUUAAUUUUCAACAUUCACGUGAUAAAUAAAAACCUGGCAUUUAUAUCAUACUAAUCAUAUCAGUUCUUGCAGAGGCUGAGAGAUUUGUUGGUGAGAAGUGUUUUUGAUAGUCUGAUACACUGCAGCUGCAUGCAGACUAUUCGUAACAACUAUAUCCCACUACCAGUGGUAUUUGGAUAAAAGUGGUGCUUGACAGCUUGGCUACCCUAGCAGGAACUAUUUUGACAGACUGCUUUAGGUGAGGUUUACAGUGACAUUUAACUAUUAUCUGAUUAUUUCAAUCAGAUUUCCAUGGUCUAGAAUGAGAUUUAAAAAAAAAACAAUUUUAAUAACUAACAAGAAUAGUGUGAAAAUUGGAUUUGUAAGACCUAAAAGAGCUAUAUGUUAUUCAUUCCUGUGUUUCAUUAAUAAUUGAAAUAGCUAGUACUCUUCUGUCACUGAUUACUGUUAAAGUGGUACUCCAAAAACAUCUCUUCAUUUUUUUUUUUUUUAAAGGGGGAAAAGCUGUCAGUUAAAAGCAACAUCUGCAUGACAUGCAAAGUACACUGGUAAACAAAACAUCAUUUUGUAUAUGUAAUUCUAACAACUGAGAUCUGUGUAGGCUGCUGACAAAAUUGCGUAGAUAUAUUUAUGGCGACUUUUUAUGAUGACUGACAAAUUAUGCAGUUGCAAAAAAGUUUUUGGGGGGUAGUAGUAUGUUUUUGGUUUUGUUUUUUUUUUAAAUUUUGAAAUCGAGAAAGAAGGCGCUUGAGUAGCAGAUAUUGUUCUGCAAAUGUAAAUGAAUUUCUUUACUAAAGCUAGAUGUGUGGAAGAAUGGUCACUUUGUAAGGUGUACCUGGACAAACAAAGCACAGACCAUGUUGAGUGUGCAAAGGAGAAAGGGUCUAUGAAAGAACCUCUGCAAAGAAGUGGAUUCAAUACAGUGGCCAUUCGAGACUUGCUGCCAGCAGCGCAUGAAAAGAUUGAUUCAUCAAUAACUUACGAAUCGCCUCCCCUGAUAUGCAACAUGCAGCGUGUUCUGUGUCCAGAGGCUGGGUGGUGCUACCAUUGUGGGUGAUGGGCCUCACUUGGGGGUCCUAGGAUUGGCAAGACGCUGCCAUGCCGAAAGGAGUGGGGAGGAGCUUGGAGUAUGUGAGUGAAUUGUGUGUGUGUGAAACGCACAGAUGCAUUGUAUGUUAACAAAAGAAAGAAGAGAACCAAAUUUGCUUUGUGUCAAAUGUUACUUGUUGAUUUAGAAUUUUGUGCAUAUAUUUAUCUUGCAGUUUGCAAAAAAAAAAAAAUAAUAAUAAUCAGUGGUGUAUAUAUUUUACCAAAAAAUAACACCACCAAAUUACUGACACCUUCAAAAUAAAUAUAUGAUGAUGCAGUUUUGAUGAACUGCUGCGUCAAUAUUCGUA